CCGGAGAGAGAGGGGAUGCAGAGCCCACCAUGGCCUCCAAGCUCAAGGAGCGGAGGAGGACGCCGGUUUCCCACAAAGUGAUCGAGAAGCGGAGGAGGGACCGCAUAAAUCGCUGCCUCACCGAGCUGGGGAAGACGGUGCCUAUGGCUCUGGCCAAGCAGAGCUCGGGGAAGCUGGAGAAAGCGGAGAUCCUGGAGAUGACGGUGCAGUACCUGCGGGCCCUGCACUCGGCGGACUUUCCCCGCGGCCGGGAGAAGGCAGAGCUGCUCUCCGAGUUCGCCAACUACUUCCACUACGGCUACCACGAGUGCAUGAAGAACCUGGUCCACUACCUGACGACGGUGGAGAGGAUGGAGACCAAAGACACCAAGUACGCCCGCAUCCUGGCCUUUCUCCAAUCCAAAGCACGCUUCGUUACUGAGCCUCUCCUCACCUCCCUGGGCUCACUCCCGGAGCCGGACUUUUCCUACCAGCUGCAUUCUGGGCCCGAGUGCCCCGGGCACGUCCACAGUCCCGCCGAGGGCGUGCUCCAGCCGCCCUCGGCGGGGGCAUUCCCCUGGCACGGCGCCGCCCGCAGCCCCUCCCUGCCCUACCACUUGCCCAGCGCCGCCGUACCCCUCGCCAGCCCCGGCCAGCAGCGCAGCACCUUCCUCUCCUCCGUGCAGGGGCUGGACCGCCACUACCUCAACCUCCUCGGCCAUUCCCACCCCAACGCCUUCGGGCUGCCCCCGGGCCAGCACCCCUCCAUGCUAUAGAGACUCGUCCCGCCUGAAAAAUCACCUGUUUAUGACCGCGGACAUUGCGGGUUACCCCCGCGCGCACGGGGAGGCUGCCGGG